GUCUACUUUUUCGCUCAUAUUGUUGUUAUCAUGACAAAUAUCGAAUCGAUAAUAUGUGUAACUGCGCUGAUUGCGCGAGGCUCUCGUUGUACGUAAACUGUUUUACUUAGGAAUUCUUCUUCGUAUAAAAGCCGAGGGUAGAUCGGUCCACCGUAAGCAGAAGCGUUCGAGCGGUCAUGGAACUGGACAACAAAUAUAUAACGAUCGUUCCCGUCGAAUAUCCUCGAAACAGACAACAGUUCAUUCGGCCACCGGAUGAGUAUAGCGACUUUCCUCAAAAUCGAAACUGGCCGCACACAAGGGCUGUCCGGACUGAGUCGUCCAGCACGAUGCGCAGGAAAGAACUGAAACGGUCAUUGGAGCACAAGCGAUCGCACAGUCAUUCCCGCACUGAGCACAUACAACCGUGUCUGAAGCCCAUCAUUAGUGCUCCGCUCGCGUUCCAGACGGCGCCCAAGCCCAAAAAGAGACCACUAGGAGUUUAUAUUUACACCAUGGCUGAUGUAGUAUUACACAUGGAUAUAGAAGAUGCUAAUACAACUACGGUAUCGGAUCUUGUUGACAUUAUUAUACAGCCAAAAAAUUUAGGAUUAUCUAGAGCAGCUAAAAAUAUAUUUACAAUUUGGAUGAAAUCAAAUGUUUUAGAAGUCCAAUUAAAACCUUAUCAUAAAUUAUUAACUAUUUAUCAAAAAUGGGGUUCACUUGAAGAAAAAUAUUGUAUUCGAACAAAAAAAGUUAUAUUCAAGGAACCCAUUUUGAGUUUUCAGAGAAAUGUAUUUUUUCCAAGAAAAGACGAAGAAAAAAUUAAGGACCAAAAAAUUAUUGAGCUGUUAUAUGCCGAAGCUAAAUAUAAUGUAUUACAAGGUCGGUAUCCAGUUGAAGUUAAUCACUGUUUAAUGUUGGCCAGUUUACAAUGUCGGAUAGAACUAGGCCCGAAUAAUUUACAACAAUACACGUCAAGUUUUUUUAGAAAUAACCGAGAAAAAUUUUUACCCUCACACUUAUAUAAAAGCUGGUCAACGUGGUUAAAUCUUGAUCGAAAAAGUACACCACAUUCUCGUCUUGCAGAUCAUUUGAAACAUAUACAAAUUACUGGUUCUGACCGCAAACUUUAUCAUAAAUAUUUGGAAUGUUGUUACAUGCUGCCAUUUUAUGGGUGUGCUUUCUUUCAUGGCCAAAUUGAACAACCAGUACGAGGACUUAUGUCCCUAAUUAACCAUAAAGAUGUACCUAUCUAUGUUGCAGUCAAUACUGAAGGAGUUUAUAUCUUAGAUUGUGUUGAAAAUAGCUUAUUGCUAGGCCUGAAGUAUCAAGAUUUUUCAUGGGAAUUUGCAAAACCAUCCCAAGAAGACAAUGAACAUUGUUUGCCAUGCAUAUUUCUACAGUUUCUUUUGUUGGAAAAUGGAACAAGAGUUUCAAAAAUUUUGCAAGUUUUUUCCAAACAAGCUGUCAUGAUCGAUGCAUUAAUCGCUUGUUUUGUUGAAGACUUCAGACAUAAAUUAGCCAUGAACGAAUAUGAUGAUGUGGACAGAACUGGUGGUUUCGAACAUAUUUCUGUUGGAGACGGUUCUCAAAUACCCUUAGCACAUUUGUACCGAAGCGAACCACAAUCCAGAUUAUGUAAUAAACUGAAUAAGUUAACACUAGCAACAUUUGAUGAAGAUGGUCAUUGCAUUGGACAAAUGGGAUCUUGGUCAUUCAGCUACUAAACAAUUGCACAGAUCUCUUAAAUUAUUUCAAAAUUAUUUUAUAAAUAUUUCCAGAUCUCUUUAAGGCCAUCCUUUCGUUGUUUAAUUUUAAUUUUUCUGUUAUUUAACGCUACCUUACCAAGUUGUUAUUAUUACCAUUAGCUAGUCACUUAUGUUUAUAUAUAU